AUGGGCGAGGAAAGCUUGGAGCGCAGCGAGGGAAAGCUGCUGCAGCCGCACGUGGCCGAUUAUAGCCCUGUCCGGCAGGACCACCAUCAGCAGCAUCCUUCACAGGCGCCUUCGCAGGACGAAGCGUCCCAAGACGAACAGAACGCCCGCGACGAGGACAACGCCCCGCAAAGCAUUGUAUGCGAUCCGGCAAGCUCUAAACCGACCGAUUCCACACCUACACAAGCGGAGGAAUCAACAAAGCUGAACAAAGUGCUUCCACCGGCACUGCUGUUUGUACCACAGAACGAAAACACAAAUGAACCAUCCCGCGCGGAAGAGUCUCAGGAUAAUACGCAGAACCAGGUUGAAUCGAACGGCCGGACAACUUUACUUCCACGCAAUGGAAGUGCCACUAUUUGUCGCAGCAUUUCCAACAGUACCAUGCAGCCGAAUGCUAAACCCGGACAAGCAGACCGAUUCCGACUACCUGAGGAAGGUGAUCCAGAGGAUGGUACAACCGAAGAUGACUUCGAGCUCGUACCGCCGGACGGUGGCUGGGGAUGGCUUGUGCUUGCUGGCUCGAUGCUGGUGAACAUUCUCGUCCCGGGCACGAUCAAAAGCUUUGGUGUGCUGUUUGUCGAGUUUUUGGAAGCAUUCCAGGCAUCCCCAUCGACGGCAGCCUGGAUUCCGGCACUUUGCUACUUCCUGUACAGCUCGCUGGGACCGCUUUCGAGCAUCCUGUCGGUGAAGUACAGCUAUCGUACGGUUACGAUCGUGGGCGGAACGUUUGCGGCGGUCGGUAUGAUCAUCACAUUCUGGGCAACCUCGGUGAACUAUCUGUACAUCAGUUAUGGUGUGUUGGUGGGUACCGGAGCGGGUCUAUCCUUUCCGCCGACUGUUUACAUCGUAACGUCGUACUUCGUGAAGCUGCGCGGUCUUGCGAACGGACUGUGUAUUUCAGGCAGUGCACUCGGUUCGAUCAUCCUGCCACCGGUGUUGCGUUUCCUACUCGAGAACUAUGGUUAUCGGGGUGCCUGUCUGAUUAUGGGUGGUAUCACGCUGAAUGUAUGGGUGGCGGCCAUUUUUUACGAACCGGUCGAGAAGCAUAUGAAGCGUGUCCGCAAGGUACAGCCCGAGGUGGAUGGCGAGGAACAGACGGCAGUGGUUGUUCAGCAACGGGACGUGAUCUUGGAGGAAUGUGAAUCCAACGAAACCGAUCCACUGGCUGACGAACUGGCGAAUGGGCAGAUGGCAAUAAAUGUCAAUGCUUCCCAGUCGUUACUGCCACAAGGAAAACCGACGGGUGUGAAGCCAAAGUUCGCCAUUACCGGCGAUGACACCCCGACCAUCUCGACACCCACGCUGGAGCACAAAUCCCCGGACAUAUUUCGCUUCAAUCCAAAGAAUGGACUCAUCGACAGUUUCGCCCGAAGCGCAUCGGCUGCAGCCGUUCCGGUUUCGUAUGGAAGGGAUCGAGAUGACAUGCUCGGUGCAGGAGUUGGUGGAGGUAAUCAACGGCAGCGGAAAAUAAGCACACCCAUCAAGGAGGAGCACCGAAACCUAACCUUCACCAGUCAACUGAGCUCGAAUUCGUUCCUUGGCAACGAAGGUACACUGGGUUCGUACUUUCGCCUGAACCGACUGAACUCGAUACGCAGUGGAAUCGGCCAGCAGGGAAGUGGCGGACAGCAGUUGCAACAUCGACCACCGAAGCGUUCCCCAUCGACCAGCAGCUUCCAGUACAUGAGCACACCGUUCCACGGGAGCACACUCUCCACUCAUCAGCCGAAGGAGUUCGCCUCCCAUCUGUCGCUGCGCUCGUUCGGUGGCAGUGUAUCGCGGGGUAAAGCGUCUGCCCCGGCAGAAGACAAAGCGGACCGUAACAAAUCGGAUAAGAAAGGCGAUAAGACGUUCUUCGAUCUGUCGUUGCUUAGCGAUCCGACCUACCUCGUGAUCCUGAUCUCGAACUCAACGAACGCGAUCGGUUACACUAACUUUAUCAUUCUUCUGCCGGCGUACGCCAUUUCACUCGGGUUUGACAAGAGUUUGGCCGCGUACCUGCUAUCGAUCGUGUCGACGCUGGAUCUGGUCGGUCGCAUUGGUGGAUCGGCCCUGUCCGACACUAAUCUCAUCCCCAAAACGUGGUACUUCGUUGGUGGUUUGUCGAUAUCGGGCUUAGCGCUUGCACUGUUACCAACGGUGAGCGAUUACACAAUGGUAAGCGUGUUUUGUGGUUUGUUUGGGCUCGCUUCCGGUACGUACGUCGGCAUUACGGCAGUCAUUAUGGCAGAUAUGUUGGGUACCGAGCGUCUUACCUCAUCGUACGGCAUUAGUCUGUUCGUAAACGGCAUCCUACAACUGAUUGGCCCGCCGAUCUGUGGAGUGAUCUUCGAACGGAUGGGUCUAUACCAACCGCUGUUCACGGCUCUCGGUUUUGUGCUGCUUGGAGGAUCGGCCCUGUGGGGCUUUAUGCCUUUGAUUAAUCGCCAGAAACGCAGAAAAGCGCAAGCAGAAGCUAAAGUGGCAGCAGAAACCGCGAAUGUACUAGCUGAUCAUCCACAGCAACCGUUUGACGAGGACGAUGAUGUACCGUUACAGUUAAAACGAGAUGGAGUGGACAAGUCACUCGUCGCUUAG